GGAAACAUAUGUUCCCUCGUGAGUGGCUUACUGACGGGCAGCCUAAAGGUAAUCAAGUGACUGAAGAUGUUGAUGGUUUUCUAGGACGAGAGAGUCAGGAUGCCAAACACGAGCACAACUGUUGUAAGUUGGAGAAGGUUGAUUCUAAGGACAAAGCCUGUCAAACUAACUACGAGGAUCACUUUGAGAACAUCAUGGCAGUGUCAGCUCAACACAGUAUGAUGCUGGACGACAACUUUACCCUUUAUGGCCCAUACCAAGCCUUGGCCUGCAUGCAAGUUAUGUUCUCUUUGGGCGAAACAAUUUACGAAGCCACAAAUAAAGAUAUGAAGAGGCAAACAGACCUAGACACAUUACAAAAGGAAUAUUCUAAAAAGAAGAAUCUGAACAAAUUACUUGGACUCCUGCAGCAUAUUUUGAUUCCUAGGGCAGAACAAGAUUGCCAGGUCAGUAUGAAAACAGAUUAGUUUCUCAAGAUGAAAAGUUGUAAUAGUUUCUUUUGCUGUAAAAAUGGAAUGGUUUAUUUGAAUGAAAUGGUGUGAUUAAUUUUCCAUGAUGUUUUCAAUGUAGGAAUUAGAGUUUGAUCAUUUCAAUGUGCUGAUCUUGAUACUAUGGCAUAGUCAUUUUCUUUUCCUGAAGUGGAAAAAAUCUUCUAUUUUUGUGUUUGACUGAAGUGGGAAAAAAUGUUUUCUUUCCAUUCUUUGAGUGAAAUGAUAUGGCAUUUCUGUCUUGCAGAGCUUCUGUUAAUAAUUGAUUUGUGUUGAUAGGUGUAGCCUAAAGUAGGAGUAAGAAUUUGUAAUUUUUUCAGUGAUGUGCUGAUUAUGAUAUUGUGACUUUCAUGUAUAGUCUCUGGGUGGAGUGCAAAAAAAAAUAAAAUUACAAUUAUUUUAUUCAUUCAGUUAUGCAGCAAGAUCUUUUAUGUAUAGCAUUCCCAUUCAUCUUAUACUAUAAGCCAUUUCUUUAUGCCUGAUUUUGUUUUGCUAUCUAUAUGAAAGAAUUUUACAUUGUAAUUUGGUGAUUAUGUAUUUUUUUAAGUCAUGAUAUUCUUUUCUUCUUUUCUAUCAGCAGAUGUAAUAAAGGAUUAAUCUGGAUUCCU